AAAACUAGAAGACGUCAUUGUGAAGCAAUUCCCUAAAUCUCAAUGCACGGUCGUGGGAGGAACGAGGCUUCGAAGCCAGAAGAGACCGCAGCUAAAGCCCUUGAGCUCCGGUCGCUCCAGUCCCAGUUCAUGUCCAAUCACCAUCAAAAGAUUUACACACAGGAAGCAAUUCAAUUAAGCGCAAAGCUUCUAGGUAUCAAUCCGGAGGCAUACACUGCUUGGAAUUAUCGAAAACUCGCCCUCGUGUCCCGAAUCAACGACGACUCUGAUCCAAGCUUGGUCAACUCUAUCAUCGAUGAAGAACUUGGAGUCGUAAAAAAGGCAUUGGACCGAAACCCUAAGUCCUAUGAAGCUUGGUUUGUUGUGGAGCUAACCGAGACGUCCGAAGAAGAUGAGUUGCAGUAUACUGAUAUGAUCAAUGAUAUUUGUUUCAGCAUCUAUUCUGCGUGGCACUAUCGUAGUGUACUUGUUUCAAGUUUAGUGGCAAAAAAGGCUGAUGGGUUUAUGCCAAAGGAAACGAUUCGUCGUGAACUUGAUUAUGUACAUAAUGCUAUUUUUACGGACGAAGAGAAACAAAGUGGCUGGUUUUAUUACCUUUGGCUUCUUGAUCAAACUCUUAAAAUGGAGACUCCUCUUCGCUUUUCCUCAUGGCCAUCAGAUGGUUCCAUUAUCACUACUUUCUGUUCAGAGUCUGGUUCUUUUCCACUGAUUCUUUACUUUGACCAAGCCGUCAGUGGAGUUAACUCGUCUACUGUUACUAUUGAUUCUGAACUCCAAGGACAUGAGGACCUUGUUUGGGAACCAGUUUCGGAUAACAAAAACUCUCAAGUGGACUCUUGUGUUUGGGUUGCUCAUCUGAAAUUUGACAGUGGAGAACCUUGCUUUAGUCGCAAGGAAUACAAAGUCAAGGUCAGCCUUGGAGGAAUUGUUUCUUCCAUGGGAAGUAACUUGAGCGCUCCUUAUGAGUUUGUGUUUACACUGCAUAUUCAUGACACUGUCGAAGAGUCGUCACAACAAAGCAUUGUUUCAUGGACGGAUGGUUUUGACAAUUGGGAUGAUGCACAGUCCAAGGAUUUGAUUUCUCGUAUUGCUUUAAACGCUGAUGAGGGUUUUGAGUGGCGUAAGAAAGCUAUAAAGAUAGAGAUUGAUCAUCUUCGUAAUUUGCCUGACAGCAAAUUUGGAAAGCUCAUUCUUGCAAGGCUUUUGAUGGCUGAUGAAACUAUGAUCCCGGAUGAUGCUGUUAAAGGUGUCCAUUAUAGAGAAAUCCUCCACCUCUAUAACGAUCUCAUUGCCCUUGAUUCUUGGCAUGCCCAGUACUACAAGGAUGAGCAUAGCGUAGCUCUUCUCCACAAGGUGACUUCAAGCACCAAGUCCAUGUCAAGACACCUCUUUCGGUACAGGAAAAUGAACAAUAUUGUAUGUCUAAGGCUCAAUAACUUAACACUAUCUCGGAUAGCCGCGGUUGAGAAGUUGCUAUUUGUUCAAAUGUUAGAUCUCAGUUACAAUGAGCUUCAUUCAGCUGAAGGAUUGGAGGCGAUGCAGCUUCUCUGUUGCCUAAAUCUGAGUCACAACAGAAUCAGGAGCUUCUCAGCACUUGACUCUCUAAGACAUCUGAAGCAGCUUAGAGUGUUGAAUGUUUCACAUAACCACAUCGGCAGGGAGCAUCCAGUGGACACAACAAGGUACCUUUGUUCUUCGCCGCUCUCUAAUUCGGGUGAAGUUGGAAGAGAGGUGCCUUGUAAAUACUGGGAUGCGUAUUUGGUGCUUAGAGAUUUGAUGAAACUGAAGCAGUUAGAUAUAAGAGGCAACGACCUAAUAUUUGCAGGGGAAGAGUUCAGCUCCUUUGUCCGCCAGGUUGUGCCAAACCUUGUGUGGCUUGAUGGCCACAAACUCGCAAAUUAAAUGUUGUUAGGCCACUUCUUUUUACUUAAGACAAAUCUAUUGUUUUUGGUUCCAGACCUAACUAAAUAAAUUAUGGAACUUGUG